AUGGUGAUUGAUUCACAGACUCCAAAGCUGUCGACUAAGCUCCUCCGGUGUCAACUACAAACGUCCCUUUGUGAGCCUCAUGGAGAGCAAACCCCACUCUUUGCUGCCGGAUUAGGUACUGCAGCAGGGGUGCUGAGGCAUGUCUUACAAAAGCAGAUUAUUAGUCGGGUCGGUGCCUACCUGGGAGCGUAUCAUACACUGUAG